AUGUCGGCGCGGCGGCGGCGGAGGGCGGCCGCCGAGGAGGAGGAGGCGGCGGCGGCGGAGGAGGAGGAGGAGGAGGAGGCGGGUAGCGACAAGGAAGUGGAUUUGGAAGAAAGACUUGGCGAGUUGGAUCUUAGAAAUGAUUCAGAUGUUCCUGAUGUUCCCCCCCCAACAGACAGCACUCCAGAAAUCCUCAAAAGGGCUUUGUCAGGCUUGUCUGCCAGAUGGAAAAAUUGGUGGAUUCGUGGAAUUCUCACUCUGGCUAUGAUUUCUGUGUUUUUUCUGAUCAUAUACCUGGGAUCAUUUAUGCUGAUGCUUCUGGUCUUAAGCAUCCAAGUGAAGUGUUACCACGAAAUCAUUACUAUAGGUUACAGAGUCUACCACUCCUAUGAUUUACCGUGGUUUAGAUCCCUCAGCUGGUACUUUUUGCUCUGUGUGAACUACUUCUUUUAUGGAGAGACUGUAGCUGAUUACUUCGCCACCUUUGUUCAGAGAAGAGAACAGCUUCAAUUCCUAAUUCGUUACCACAGGUUUAUAUCUUUUGCACUCUAUUUAACAGGCUUCUGCAUGUUUGUUUUGAGUUUAGUGAAGAAACAUUAUCGUCUGCAGUUUUACAUGUUCGCAUGGACUCAUGUCACUUUGCUGAUCACUGUAACUCAAUCUCAUCUUGUCAUCCAAAAUCUCUUUGAAGGCAUGAUCUGGUUUCUGGUUCCAAUUUCGAGUGUUAUCUGCAAUGACAUUACCGCUUACAUUUUUGGAUUCUUCUUUGGCAGAACUCCAUUAAUUAAGCUGUCUCCCAAGAAGACCUGGGAAGGGUUCAUUGGCGGCUUCUUUUCCACAGUUGUGUUUGGAUUUAUUUUUUCCUAUUUUUUGGCUCAACAUCAGUACUUUGUCUGCCCCGUGGAAUAUAACAGUGAAACCAACAGAUUUGUGACAGAGUGUGAACCUUCAGAGCUCUUUCAGAUGAAGAAGUACUCUGUGCCACCAUUGCUUCAGGCUGUGUUGGGAUGGGAAGUGGUGAAUAUGUACCCAUUUCAGAUGCACAGCAUUGCACUGUCAACAUUUGCCUCAUUAAUAGGGCCAUUUGGAGGAUUCUUCGCCAGUGGAUUUAAAAGAGCUUUCAAAAUCAAGGAUUUCGCAGACACAAUCCCUGGGCAUGGUGGGAUAAUGGAUCGCUUUGAUUGUCAGUACCUGAUGGCCACUUUUGUUCACGUCUAUAUCACCAGUUUCAUAAGGGGUCCAAAUCCCAGCAAAUUACUGAAACAGCUGUUGAUCCUUCAGCCUGAGCAGCAACUAAGCGUGUACAAAACCCUGAAAUCUCACCUCGUCGAAAAAGGGAUCCUGCAGCCAUCUCUGCGAGGGUAG